AUGUCCUCAUCAAAGGGGCCUGCUCCACCCAAGUCCUCUUUGAAGGGACCUUUCCAACCCGAAGACAUACCAAAUCCACCUCCUCAAUACACGCGAUACGCCCACCCACCAAAUGUGCCUCAAUAUGGAUGGCCACCAAAUCCGCCUGUUCAACAUGCACCUCCAGAACCUGUCGAAAUGGAAACCGUUGCGCUGGAGGACUCCGGGGAAGAGCCCAAGUCUCGCAGGAAGGUUCUGAUUGCUCGCAUUGUUGAGUUAAUCUUCGUGGGUAGCGCUUUCGGCCUACUUGUCUCUUUGAGCACCGUCCAUAUUCCAAAGUACCCGCCGGGCGCCAAUGACAACGACAGCAUAAUCUUCUUCAUCUUGCAAUCGACCUUGGGCCUUAUCAGCACAAGUCUUGGUUUCAUCACGCUAAUAUGGAAGUUCAGCGCGGACGAUAUUAUGGCAACGAGGGCCCACAAAUGUUGCAGUAUGCAGUACAUACCAGUGUAUAUUGACUUGGCUUACGGUGCAGCAAGCGUAGGCGUGGUAUACCACUGGAAACAGAACUGGGGCGAAGGGGGUUUCAACUGCGAAGUAAACAUGACCUACCAAGGCUGCGUCAUGAUGAUGGCCGUUGCGGUGUUGACGAUCCUGAGUGGUCUUGCGGCGCUCGUGUGUUUGGUUUUGGAGACUUGCCGUAUUAGGCAAUGGAGAAAGGUUCUCGCCCAAUGUGUGAAGAUUCCCGGGGCCUCGUAA